AUAAAAGAGGGGAUGCUGAUGAAACAGACCAGCUCCUUCCAGCGUUGGAAGAGACGUUAUUUCAAGCUGCGAGGACGAACGCUCUACUAUGCAAAAACUGCUAAGUCCAUUAUUUUUGAUGAGGUGGAUCUGACAGAUGCCAGUGUGGCAGAAUCCAGCACCAAGAAUGUCAACAACAGCUUCACGAUUAUCACUCCAUGUCGGAAGCUCAUCCUUUGUGCUGAUAACAGAAAAGAGAUGGAAGAUUGGAUUGCAGCACUGAAGACUGUACAAAACCGAGAACAUUUUGAGUCUACCCAGUACAGCAUGGACCACUUCUCAGGGAUGCAUAACUGGUACGCCUGCUCACAUGCUCGGCCAACGUACUGCAAUGUGUGUCGGGAGGCAUUGUCUGGAGUCACCUCACAUGGGCUCUCAUGUGAAGUGUGCAAGUUCAAAGCCCACAAGCGGUGUGCUGUGCGGGCAACCAAUAAUUGCAAGUGGACAACUCUGGCUUCUAUUGGGAAGGAUAUCAUUGAGGAUGAAGAUGGGAUCUCAAUGCCACAUCAGUGGUUGGAAGGAAACCUGCCUGUGAGUGCCAAAUGCACUGUGUGUGAUAAAACCUGCGGCAGUGUCUUACGAUUGCAAGACUGGCGCUGCCUGUGGUGCAAAGCCAUGGUACACACAGCAUGUAAAGAGUUGUUGCCAAACAAGUGCCCUCUUGGGCUGUGCAAAGUAUCUGUCAUUCCUCCUACUGCUCUUAACAGCAUUGAUUCAGAUGGUUUCUGGAAAGCUACUUGUCCCCCUUCUUGCACAAGCCCUUUGUUAGUCUUUGUCAACUCAAAAAGUGGAGACAACCAAGGUGUAAAAUUUCUACGAAGAUUCAAACAACUACUAAAUCCAGCCCAGGUCUUUGACCUCAUGAAUGGAGGACCUCACCUUGGUUUGCGCUUAUUCCAGAAAUUUGACACUUUCCGGAUUCUAGUUUGCGGUGGGGACGGAAGUGUUGGCUGGGUUCUCUCCGAAAUUGAUAGCCUCAAUCUUCACAAGCAGUGCCAGCUGGGAGUGCUGCCCUUGGGAACAGGGAAUGACCUUGCCCGUGUGUUAGGCUGGGGGUCUGCUUGUGAUGAUGAUACCCAGCUCCCACAGAUCCUGGAGAAGCUGGAGAGGGCAAGUACGAAAAUGCUGGACAGGUGGAGCAUCAUGGUGUAUGAAACCAAACUCCCUCGCCAGGCCUCCACUUCUACAGUCACUGAAGAUUUCAGUGAGGAUUCUGAGGUGCAGAAGAUUCUCUUCUAUGAAGACUCUGUGGCUGCUCAUUUGUCCAAAAUUUUGACGUCUGACCAACACUCAGUGGUCAUCUCCUCAGCCAAGGUGCUUUGUGAGACAGUGAAGGAUUUUGUAGCCUAUGAGAAGGCAACAGAGAGCUCAGAGGAAUCAGAGGUCAUGGCCAGGAAGUGCUCUGUCCUGAAAGAGAAGCUGGACUCGUUGCUGAAGACACUGAAUGAUGAAUCUCAAGCAUCUUCAUCUCUGCCAAACCCUCCUCCCACCAUUGCAGAGGAAACCGAAGAUGGUGAUGCAUCAGGCAGUGCUUGUGAUUCUUCUAGCGACCGGUCAGUGGGUUCAUCAUGCACUGCACGGCCCCAGAUAUUUCGUCCCCGAGAACAGCUCAUGUUGAGAGCCAACAGCCUGAAAAAAGCCAUUCGUCAGAUAAUAGAGCAUGCAGAAAAAGCUGUAGAUGAGCAGAAUGCCCAGACCCAGGAGCAAGAGGGCUUCCUCCUUAGCCUCUCAGCCUCUGAAGAGGGCAAGGAGCUGAGGAAUGAGGAUAAGAUCUCUCUGCAGUCAUCACACAGCAGCAGCUAUGGAGUGUCCAAAGGGAGGAGCCAGCGGAAAGCGUCCAAGUCUCCUUGUGAAAGACUAAUAAACAAAGGAAGUUUGUCACUGGGCAGCUCUGCAUCUCUUCCUCCCCAGACAGGAAACCGAGAUAACUUGCCAAUGCUCAACACAAAAAUUCUCUACCCAAGUAUCCGUGCUGGUAUGUCUGGUUCUUUGCCUGGGAGCUCUGUCAUCAGCCGGUUGUUGAUCCAUGCUGAUCCCUUUAACUCUGAGCCUGAAAACCUUGAAUGUUACACAGAGAAGUGUGUCAUGAAUAAUUAUUUUGGAAUUGGUCUGGAUGCAAAGAUUUCUUUGGACUUCAACAACAAACGUGAUGAGCACCCAGAGAAGUGCAGAAGUCGUACUAAAAACAUGAUGUGGUACGGAGUAUUGGGGACCAAGGAGCUGCUACACAGAACGUAUAAAAACCUGGAGCAGAAAGUCUUGCUGGAGUGUGAUGGGAGGCCAAUCCCUUUGCCCAGUCUCCAGGGAAUUGCUGUACUCAACAUUCCCAGCUACGCAGGAGGCACCAACUUCUGGGGGGGAACCAAGGAAGAUGACACAUUUACAGCCCCCUCCUUUGAUGACAAGAUUUUGGAGGUGGUGGCAGUGUUCGGUAGCAUGCAGAUGGCAGUGUCACGGGUGAUAAACCUACAGCAUCAUCGCAUUGCGCAGUGUCGAACAGUGAAGAUAGCAAUCCUUGGAGAAGAGGGAGUUCCUGUGCAAGUGGAUGGAGAAGCCUGGAUCCAGCCUCCAGGUUACAUUUGGAUUGUUCACAAGAACAGGGCACAAACCCUCACCCGAGACAGGGCAUUUGAGAGCACCCUGAAGUCCUGGGAGGAUAAACAGAAGUGUGAGUUGUCCCGACCCUCCUCUUUCUCUCUGCAACCAGAGAUCAUGUCUGAAGAAGAAUCCACCCAGAUCAACCAGUUUGGUCAAGCUGCAGGUGCUCUGAUCCACAGCAUUCGGGAAAUAGCCCAAUCCUAUCAGGACAUGGAACAGGAGCUUGCCCAUGCUGUCAAUGCCAGCUCCAAGUCUAUGGACAAAGUCUACGCUAAAUCCAAGUCUACAGAGGGUCUGAACUGCAGCCUUGUUGUAGAGAUGGUGAAUAAUGUCAAAGCCCUGCAUAAUGAGACAGAGCUGCUGCUGGCAGGCAAGAUGGCACUGCAAUUAGAUCCUCCACAGAAGGAGCAGCUCCAAGCAGCCCUGGCAGACAUGGACCUCCAGCUGAGGAAACUGGCAGACAUCCCUUGGCUGUGGCAGCUUAUGGAGCCUUGUGAUGAAGAGAACCAGAUGCUGGAUUAUUCUAAACGCAGCCGCAGUGGCAAAUUCCGGCUGGUGACCAAGUUUAAAAAGGAGAAGAACAACAAAAACAAGGAGACUCAUAGUAGCAUGGGAUUGCCGGUUCACCUCUGGGGAACGGAGGAGGUUGCGGCCUGGCUUGAGCAUCUCAGUCUUUGUGAGUAUAAGGAUAUCUUCAUCCGGCAUGACGUCCGGGGCUCUGAGCUCCUGCACCUCGAACGGAGGGACCUCAAGGACCUGGGUGUGACCAAAGUAGGUCACAUGAAGAGGAUACUGCAUGGGAUCAAGGAACUGAGCCGGAGUAUUCCUGCCAGCGAGGUUUAACCUCUGUUUUCACAGCCUGUGUCUACCAUUCCCCCUAACUGUACAGCAGUCACCUCACAGAGCAGAUGUGCUCACAACUGUCUCUACUGAACAGCCAAAUUGUGGCUGUUCAGGGCUCAUAUCAACCAAGCAUGGUGCUACCUUUUUUCCUGUGGGGUACGGCUGUAUCCAGUCAAGAGGCGCAUUAUCUGCAGUCAGGCAGAGCCUCCAAGAAGAGAAUUCACUUGCUGUUUGAAGAACCAUGUCCUCCAACGUGGGAAGUUCUGGUUCCAGUGACAAUGCAGGACUCCUGAGAAUUGCAACACAGCUACCUUUACUGGAUAACUUCAUCACAGUAGAAUUAUUCAGGGCAAAAGAUAUAUUGGCCAGUCUUAUAGUUCAGGAGCAUCUGACAGUCUUUUCAGACUCAAAACUUUUCCCCUCAUCUGUGUCGCACCUGUAUCUUAGAGCAUUUAAGUGGGACA